AUGGCGCAGACGGAGCCCCCGAAGGCGGUGCGGCUGUGGCGCGACGCCGCCCUGCGCGCACGGAAGCUGCGGGGCGGCCCCGGCGAGCCCGAGUCCGAGCCGGAGCCGGACGCGGGGCCGCCGGGGGGCCCCCCGCCGCCGCCGCCGCCGCCGCCUCUGCCUCCCCCCGCCGCCGCCGCGCCUCGCCGCCCGCCCCCGGCGGCCGCCCUGGGGGAGCUGGAGGCGCUGAACCUGAGCGGGCGGGGGCUGGAGGAGCUGCCCGAGGAGGUGGGCGCCGCCCUGAGCGGGCUGCGAGUGCUCAGCCUGCGGCGCAACCGGCUGGGCCGCCUGCCCGCCGCCGCCCUGCGCCACCUGGGCCGCCUGGCCGAGCUCGACCUCAGCCACAACCGGCUGCGGGGCCUGGGGGACGGCGGGGCGCUGGCGGGGCUGCGGGGCCUGCGCAAGCUCAGCCUCAGCCACAACGAGCUGGGCGCCGAGGGCCCGGGCCUGCCCCCCCGCCUCGCCGAGCUGGGCCGCCUCGAGGAGCUCGACCUCAGCUUCAACCGCCUGCGCCGCCUGCCCGAGGGCCUGGGCCGCCUGCGGCACCUCCGCGCCCUCGACGUCGACCACAACCUGCUGCCCUCCUUCCCCGCCUCGCUGUUGGAGCUGGCCGCCCUGGAGGAGCUCGACUGCUCCGGCAACCGCCACCUCGGGGCCCUGCCCGAGGGCAUCGCUGCCCUCCGCCGCCUCAAGAUCCUCUGGCUGAGCGGCACCGGGCUGGCGGCCCUGCCCGAGGGCCUCUGCCAGCUGAGCGCCCUCGAGAGCCUCAUGCUGGAUGGUAACCGGCUGCAGGCCCUGCCCGCCGGCUUUGGCAGCCUGCAGCGGCUCAAGAUGCUGAACCUCUCCUCCAAUCUGCUGGGGGAGUUCCCCGCCGCCAUCUUGGCGCUGCCCAGUCUGGAAGAGCUCUACCUGAGCCGCAACCAGCUCACCCUGCUGCCCCCUCACCUCUGCCAGCUCCGCCAGCUCCGCACCCUCUGGCUGGACAACAACCGCAUCCGCUACUUGCCUGACUCCAUCGUGCUCCUCCACAGCCUGGAGGAGCUGGUCCUGCAAGGCAACCAGAUUGCCAUCCUACCCGAGGGCUUUGGACAGCUUUCCCGCAUCACCCUGUGGAAGAUCAAAGACAACCCCCUCAUCCAGCCCCCCUAUGAGGUGUGCAUGAAAGGCAUCCCCUACAUCGCAGCCUACCAGCAGGAGCUGGCCCACUCCCAGCCUGCCCUCAAACCCCGCCUCAAGCUGGUCCUCAUGGGCCCAAAGGAUGCGGGAAAGACCCUGCUGAGACGAUGCCUCAUGGAGGAGGAUGGGCAGAGGGAGGACAUGGGAAGUCUGGAGGCAGGGAGCACCCAGCCCAGAGCGUGCCCUGGGCAGCAGCAGGACACUGGGAGAGUGCCAGUUGGGUGUUGCCCCUUGCCGGAGCCUCAGGACCCUUCCUCAGCGCAGGUACCUGUCAUGCAGCAGCUGGAACAUCUCCUCGUUGAGCGGCAGGACAUCCCUUCUCAUGUGGCCUCUCACCGAGUGAAAGGGGAAACACCGUGCCCUGCACUGUCACUGCCACCGAAUGCCCCCCAAGUACCACCAGGACUAGGACUGUCGGGAGGCAGCAAGGGCAUUGAGGUGAUGGACUGGACAGCAGAUGCAGAGAGGGGCCUGACAUUCAUUGUGUACGAGCUGGCGGGGGACCCGAGCUAUGACGUGAUCCAGUCUUUCUUCCUCUCUCCUGGAGCCCUGUACGUGCUGGUGGUGAAUUUGAGUGCCUAUGUCCCUCAGCACUUCUACCCCUCUGUGGGCUAUUUCUUGCACUGGCUGGGUUCCAAGGUGCCCCAUGCCGUGGUGUGCAUGGUGGGAACUCAUGCUGACCUCUGUGCAGAGCGGGAGUUGGAAGAGAAGUGCCUGGACAUCCAUCACCAGAUCGCUCAGCAGGAGAAGAGGGAUGCUGAGGGACUGCAGAGCUUGGUCCAGCAGGUGGAUGAGGCUCUGGGACAGGACUUUGACCUGCGCUGCUCCAGCCCGCACGCUGCCUUUUAUGGGGUCUCGGACAAGAACUUGCGGCGAAAGAAAGCCCAGUUUCAGUACCUUCUCAACCACCGCCCACAGAUCCUCUCUCCAGUGCUACCUUUCAGCUGCCGGGACCGUUGCCAGGUGCGUCGCCUGCGGGACAAGCUCCUCUCGGUGGCUGAGCACCGGGAUAUCUUCCCAAACCUGCACCGGGUGUUGCCCAAAUCUUGGCAAGUGCUGGAGGAGCUGCACUUCCAGCCGCAAGCUCAGCAGCUGUGGCUUAGCUGGUGGGACUCUGCCCGGUUGGGCUUGCAGGCGGGCCUGACGGAGGAUCGGCUCCAGAGCGCCCUGUCCUACCUGCACGAGAGCGGGAAGCUGCUCUACUUCGAGGAGCACCUCACCUUGCGGGAGUAUGUGUUCCAUAACCUGCCGCGGCUCAUUGACAUCCUCAAUGUCUUCUGCCAGCGGGAUGCCACCGUGCUGCUCCAAAAACUGCUCAGUGACACCCACAUUGACGAACUGAGGGCCACUCAGCUCCAUCAUUACGUGGAGGGCUUCUUGCUGCACGGCCUCCUCCCUGCCCACGUUAUCCGUCUCCUUCUUAAGCCCCACAUCCAGAGUCGGGAGGAUCUGCAGCUCAUCCUGGAGCUGCUGGAGAAGAUGGGGCUCUGUUACUGUGUCAACAAACCCAAAUGCAAGCCCCUAAAUGGGGCGGCCGCUUGGUACAAGUUUCCCUGCUACGUGAAAAAUGAGGUGCCGCAUGCGGAGGCGUGGAUCAACGGCGCCAAUCUGAGCGGACAGUCCUUCGUGGUUGAGCAGCUGCAGAUUGAAUAUAGCUUUCCAUUCAUUUUCCCACCUGGCUUGUUUGCACGCUACAGCGUCCAGAUUAACAGCCACGUGGUUCAGCGGUCAGAUGGCAAAUACCAGAUCUAUGCCUACCGGGGAAAGGUGCCCGUGGUGGUGAGUUACCGGCCUGCCAGGGGAGCUCUGCAGCCAGAUACUCUGUCUAUCGCUAGUCAUGCGUCCCUACCAAAUAUCUGGACAGCUUGGCAAGCUAUUACCCCUUUAGUGGAAGAACUGAAUGUCCUGCUCCAGGAAUGGCCGGGCCUGUACUACACUGUGCACGUCCUCUGUUCAAAGUGCCUUAAAAGAGGGUCACCCAACCCACACACUUUUCCAGGAGAACUGCUGAGUCAGCCAAGACCAGAGGGACUGACGGAGAUCAUCUGUCCCAAGAACGGCAGCGAGCGAGUUAAUGUUGCCUUGGUUUACCCCCCCACUCCUACUGUGAUCAGCCCUUGUUCCAAGUGAGACCUGAAAGCAGACCCCCAUUCCCCUAUAAAUCGUCAGUGCUGGUGCCAAAGGUUUUCCACCGGGCAGAACACGGCUGAUGCUCUGCAGUGCUCCCAUCUCUCCAGUUGUGGAGUUGCAUGCUGACGGGGAUCGAUGGGACCUUGGACUCUGAAAUGCUGUGGGG